GUAGAACAUCCGGGUAAUUACUCAAUGACAAUGGUCGUAUCCCCUAUCCACAUCCUAUUUGAGAUUUACUGCCGCUCUCCCUUUCAGUAGACUCCAAUUCUGGUUCCCUUUCCAAAAAGGUUGAUGAAUUGUGGCUGGUGGUGGCACCUCUGGACCCUUGACCCACUCACGAUUCACUAGUAUUCGUUAGAAAAUUAAUUGGUUAGGCAGCCACAAGUGGGAGCUUUUACCAAGCAAGUUCAGCACCACAGGGCGGAUCAAUUCCAACCGCUGCACUAUAAGUAGCCGUUUGUCGCGCAUUGGUCUAUUCAGUUCGCCAUCUUUUCUCCGUCCCUCUCCCCUUGGUUCACCGAACUGCGAAAGCAUCAUGAACUUCUUUGAAUGGCUUCUCACCCCCUUCAGCAGCACCCCUGCGCUGGAAAUCAAGGAGCGGGUCUGGGACACUGAAACCGUGACGAUGCAACAACCCGUCUCCCCCGAGAAUCCCAACCCUGAGGUGAUCCAUGAUGCGACAGAGGUCGGCCUGCGCGGCGGCGGUGAGGGGAGUGAGGUUUGCUGUGGCGUGUGCUGUGGUCUUCUUUGCUUCGAAUGCUGCUGUGGUGGCGAUGACUAGACUGUAGGGAUGAAUCAAUAGGGUCUCGUCGUGGCUUGAGGAUACGGGGUGGAAAGGGAUAAGAUUGUGAUCAAUAAUAUACUAUAUGUUCUUUGGACUAUGCAAAUAUCUCUGGCACUGGUAGUAGAGAUUUCCAGGCUGGGUUCACCUGUGGCCUGUUAUCAUGCGCCCAUAAAGGUUCAAUCGCACGUGUCUUCGCCAUGGAGAGCCAAGCCACACUUAAGGAAACCCAGGUAGAUGCAAUGUGGUGUGACAAAAAAGGAUGGUCAUCACCGUGCAUAGCCUUGGAAUAGGGGAAGCUCAGGGAACGGUCUUGGAAGGCUACUAUCUAGUCCCUUUCGCAACAAUUUCUAC